AUGUCUGCCGAAGCCGCUGGACCGCCGCCUGUCUCUGCGCCUCCUCGCCGUGGGUCGCGUCCGCCGCCUGCGGCCGGCUCGCCCGGCUUUCGCUUCCCAGCCCCGCAUCCCUACAACGCCAGCGCAUCGCCGACGUCGCUAAGCAGCAUCCCUGCCGAUCUGGCGCACCGAGCGCCGUACCAGGCGUCGUCGUCGCAGGAAGCCCUCCUCGAGAAACCGGUCGAGCGCCCCGCAAGACGACCCGACAUGCCCAAGAACCCGCUCGACGCGGUCUCGACCUCGCCAACGCCGCCUCGCCCAGCUCGACCACCCGCCAGCCUGUUCAGCCACGACGGCCGCGACGGGCAGGGCCGCCGCGCCAGCAGGUCCAUCGAGCAUCCAUCGAGCUCUGCCUCCCUCGACGCCUCUCGAGUAGCACGUCGAGCGCCCGCUCCGCUCGCCGAGUCGGCCGCACUCGCCGCGACUUUCCCCUCGGCCCCAUCGUCGCACGAGGCCGUCGAGCUGCACGAGCUCGUCGACAUCGCCGUCGACAAGAAGCGUCUCGGCGAGCAGGCGCUGCCCGUCCUCGCCAUCGACGCGCCGCCGCGCUCCCCGGCCCGCAGUCGAGCGAGCGUGAGCGUCGCCGGCUCGACUCGGCGGCGCAGGACGGUCAAGAAGCGGGUUAUCGUCGUCGUCAUCACGCUCGUCGUCGCUGGGCUCGAGCGCGGCGUCGCCACCGGCCUCCUCAAGCAGGACCACCGGCGCCAUCGCCGCCGACUCGACUUCUCGACGCACCCGAAUCGCUACUCGGGUUUGCCCACCGCCCGCCUCGAGUACCGCCGCCCCGUCGACCGCCUCCUCGCUGUCGGACGCCCGCUCGACCCCUCGCCGUCGAGCGUCGUCGGCCGUGAGCGCCGUCAAGACGCGGGCUCUCGCGUCGAGUGA